UUGGUGCGUAAACAAUCGACUUGCAAUACAGACAUUUCUGCUAUUGUCAAGUUAUGCUACCUAACAUUGAAAUAAUCGUGGGCACCUACGAGGAGUUCCUUCUCGGCUACCAACUAAAACAGCAAUCAGAGGAGGAUGGGGACCAAGUCGUUCUCAAGCAAACGUUUGCCGACAAAUCGCACGCCGGCUCCUUGAAAUGCGUUGCAGUGCAGGGUCCCUGGAUAGCGAGCGGCGGCAGCGAUGAUCGCAUCUUUGUGUACGACAUGCGCACACGGAAGCAAUCGCAGAUCCUGCUCUCCCACUCGGGCACCAUCAACAGUUUGGUCUUUUCACCGGAUCUGACACAUUUAUUGUCGGGCAGCGCCGAUGGCCAUAUGAUAGCCACGCGUGUCGGCAGUUGGAAAACUGAGGGUGAUUGGCAGAAGGCCCAUGCGGGUGCCGCCGUCACCCACGUUAGUUGUCAUCCCAGCAGCAAAUUGGCACUUUCAUUGGGCGGCGAUCAGGUGUUGCACACUUGGAAUUUGGUUAAGGGUCGUGUCGCAUACAAGACGAAUCUGAAAAGUAAAUCCACCCUAGGCAGUGCACCAGACUGUCUGUGCUGGUCUCCAGAUGGCGAGCACUUCACCCUCAGUGGUCCCCUAGUCGUGGAGAUUUGGGAAAUCAAAAAGGCCGGUGUAGCACGUCGUGAAAAAACGCCCGCCAAGCCCAUCUGCGUGGCUUGGCUAAAUGGACGCGUUUGCUUGGCGGGCCUUGAGAAUGGCAGUAUUGUGUGGAUCUCGCUUGACGCUCCCGAAGAUGAAGCAGCAAAGAACAUAUCGGCUCACGAGGUACGCAUUAAGGCCAUGUCCUAUUUCGACGGCACACUGGUCACAGCCUCCAGUGCCGGGGAACUCAAAAUCUGGAGCUGCGACAUCGAAAAGCAAGAACUCGAGCAUCUUACCAGCACCAACAUUGGCUGUCGGCCCACUUGUAUGGCUCUGCUGGAUCUCUCCAGCUUCAAAAGUGAGUGCCCACAGACUAGCAAAGUGGUGGCGCCCAAGCACACCAACCAAGAGAAGUCAAAUGUGGUUGCCGCGCCCAAACCUCGUGGCGUUGUGACUAUCGAGUUUGAGCAAGACGAGAAUCCCACUAUUGAAGAUGAUGACAACAGCACCACAAGCGAUGACACAGAUAGUGCAAAGAAGUCAAAAACAAAUCACAAGAAAUUAAAACAAGAUGAGGAGUCUGUUGGCCAAUCCGAUGAUGAUGAUUGCGAGAAGAGCGACGACAGCAUUGCCGAUUUCUCAGACAGCGAAUCUUUCGGCACAGAUGGCUUCAGCAAUGAUAGCGACAGUAAUCAGCGUCCCGCACAGCGCAAGCGUAGAAAUCCCACGCCAGUGGGGGCCAAGAAAGCAAAACCAAAGCAGGCAAAGAAGGAGUAAAACAUACUCAAGUAGUUGUACUUUAACUUUAUUUUAUAUUUAAUGCCAGCCAAUAAACGCAAGUCUGUGUCAAAAGAUUAA